UUCAGGAGAUGGAGAAAAUUGGAUACGGUUUAUACAGCCAAGGAAGCAGCGGUUGGACAUCGAUGCGUAACGAAGAAUUCCACGAGGGAGAUGUUUGGGCAGUUUUCGAUAACGAAACAAAAGAUUCCGAUACUGGCAUCAGUAUCGGAAUCGGAAUCGGAACCGGAAUCAGAAAAGAUUCCGGCACAUCAUUAGCCAGAACAAGACCAAGAUCCAGCAACACGGAGAAUUAUGGAAUUAUCGUGCAACACUCGGCCCCGAUUAAGAUACGGCGGCCAGCUGACUGGUGGUCGAAAAUAUAUAUAGACAAUAAUUCCAGGAAUAUAGAUUCUUCUUGUUCAUGGUGGCUGUGUGAUGCCGAUUCCGAUGACGAUGGGAAUGACGAUGCCAGCUGGGAAAGCGAGGAAGAAGACGGUGGAGGAGGGGAUAUGAUUCCGCCACACGAAUGGAUCGCGAAUAGGUUAUGUUCGUUUUCGGUGUGUGAAGGAGCUGGAAGAACACUCAAAGGCAGAGAUUUAAGCAGGGUGAGAAAUGAUGUACUCACCAAAACUGGUUUUCUUGAAUCACAACCCAAUUAUAUUUAAUUAUUAAUUAGACACUGUUUUUUAAUUAGUAUAUGUGUACACUAGGAAGUCAUGAAAACAUGGCUGAUUAAGUGCUAAGAUAAAUGGUAAUUGAUGAAGCUUCCUCUGGUCGGGUCACCGGGUGCAUCCGCUGGAUAAACCCGUCGGGUCUCGGGUCCAGGUCGAUGCAGGGUAGUCAACGGGACGGGUCUAGGGCAAGAGGGACCCGUGGCCGUGUCUAAUUAAGUGUGAAUGUUGCCUCAUAAAGAUGUGUAGUAUAAAAUGAGAAAGCAUUAGAUCAUUUGUGACAUGUACUAUUAUUCUACACUAUUUCAAGUUGAACC